GACGUCACCGAAGGAGCGGCGUCAGAGGAAGGUGCAGUCGCACCUCGCUGGUUGUGUUAACAGGUGACCGUGAGUUUCGGUGAGAGCAACAUGGGGAAGUUGCAGGAGUUCGAGAUCGCGUUUGACCAAAACAAGCUGGUUUACACUCCGGGAGAGUCUCUGACUGGAACCGUGCGGGUCCACGCAAACCAGGCGAUCCAGUGUAAAGCCAUCAAAGUGAGCUGCAAUGGUUUCUGUGGCAUCACCAGUAAGAUGAACGACACGGCGUGGGCGAUGGAGGAGCAGUACUUCAACAACACUGUCUCUGUUGCAGACAAAGGAACACUGAAACAGGGGGAGCACACAUUUCCCUUCAAGUUUCUCAUCCCAGCCACCGCACCAACAUCUUUUGAAGGGAACUAUGGGAGGAUUGUCUACAGAGUCAGGGCCUUUAUCGACACACCACGGUUCUCCAAGGAUUACAACACAGAGAAGUCUUUCUUCCUGCUGAGACUCUUAAACCUGAACGAAGUUCCAGAUAUAUGGGGACCCUCCUGCUCAGCAGUAACUCAGCAGUUCACCUACAUGCUCGUGAAAACGGGCACAGUUGUCCUGAAGGCCCAAACAGACAUGAAGGGUUAUACACCUGGCCAGGUCAUCCAGGUGACAGCCAGCAUCCACAACCAAUCAACAAAGACCACAGGUCACAUGGCAGCCAGUCUAAUGCAGAGAGUGACCUAUGAGAUGAAGAAGCCCAUACACGAUGUGAAGAUGAUAGCGGAGGUGGAGGGGGGUGCCGUGAAGGCAGGCCGGGAGGUGGAGUGGAAGGAGCAGAUCAUCAUCCCCCCUCUCCCACAGUCCUCCCUGGUUGGCUGUGAGCUGAUAAAGAUUGAGUAUUAUAUCAAGGUGAAUCUGAAGUCUCCUGAUGUCUUGCUGACACUACCAGUCCACAUCGGCAAUGUCUCACUGGACAAAAAACGAUGUUCAAAAAAAAAAGAGGCUCCUCCUACAACUGAAGAGGCAGCAGGCCCGGUCUCUACCCCAGAUGCACCUACCUCCUCUAUGUCCACACCAUCCUCUGGGCCCGCUCCUAAACCUGCGCCUCGACCUGCCCCGCGCUCCAGGAUGUCCUCCCACGGUUCCCCCAGCGCUCCUCCAGCUGAGUACCACCCAGCAGCUGAAGGAGGAAGUUUGAUGAAUGAAGACUUCUCCAACAAACGUCAGUCUCAGCUGGUGUCACCCAAUGCCUUCAGCUAUGCCCCAGGCCUCUUUUUCCCACAGAACCAACAGCCCAACAGACCUGCACCCAGUGGGCCCAUAGGGGUGACCGGUCUUUACCCCUCCCUGAAUGGUGCCAGCAUGACGGCGGCACCAGUCAACACUGCACCUCCAGACUAUGGCCUCUCGUCUUAUCCCAGAGAGGCUCCUCCUUCCUACAUUGAGAGCUGCGACACAUGAGGAGGAUCAAGAGUCUGAAACCAACACCAAGUUUUCUUCUUUCUCCAGUCCGGUGUAUCAUUCAGAUGUAUUUCCAAAUCCUGUCUUUUUGAAAUAAGUUUUGCCCAAACUCUAGAGAGAAGCUAACCUGGUGUUAGGUGCCUUUUUUAAGCCCUGUACUUUUUUUUGCCAGUUUUAAGUUGUGUAUGAACCCCCUAAGAUGGCCUCUGUGACGCCACGUUAAACGGCUGUGUGUGGAACAACCGUCUCUACCCCGUAACCUUAGCAUGUGUAGAGGUUUUAGUGAGGAUCUAGUUAUCAAUAUGUUUACUUUAAAUGUUCCUUGGUUGGUUUGUUUGAUCGGUCAUUUCUCAGUGUCGUUAACAGUUUAGUAACAAAGUAUUAGCGGGGUGGGUUGUUCACGUUCUGAGCAUUAAUCACUAUACACUCCCCCUUCUGAUGAAUGUCUUCAUUAUGUACCUGAAGUUAUUUAAAAGAUUAAAACUAUUAGUGUGAGGUAACCUUUUAUUUGGCCUUUGAUGGUGUACAUCAUCUGUUUAUGGUCAGACAUUUUUACAUGGAUGAUUUCGGUUUCUUUUUACUUGUCUCUCCAACAUCCAAGAAAAGCUUUUAUUUUUCUGAGUAUAUUUUAUCUGUUGCUGAUUCAAUAAAUCAUUUAUUACAAA